CCUAGACUUAAACGACUGACCGUCUGGAAUCCGGAGGAGCUGGUAUCCUUCGCCAAGAAACAUCUGUCCCUACCUGGCCGCCAUGAAGAUUCUGGUCUUGAUACUUGGUUUUCUUGUCUCCCAAAGUCUUGCUUCUCCAACUUUCAAUGGACGUGACUUACCUGAUAUUUUCGAUUCACUUGAGGCGAAGAAUCCAGCACAGAGUCCACAGGCAGAACAUAAGGCAGAACAAUCUAGCGGGACGGCGCAUACAUCAGUAACACAGACAUCUAGCGGGACACAUACGAGCGCGAGCGUACUUGGAUUAUUGGAACAUCUCAGCUCAGGAUCUUCUUCUGGAAAAGAAACGUCUACUCAUACUUCAGCUGCCUCAAUACCUACUGCCACAAGUCCAACCACGUAUUCGAUCAUCGGAACAAUACCACCAAUGCCUUCAUACACUCCCAAAUCAGCAACUACCGAUCAGACUGCUACCGUUCCUCAACAAACUCAGAGCAGCACGCCCCCGUCUCCCUCCUCAACUUCCUCGUUUGGAACGUCCAAAGAAUGGAAGAUCAUAGGCGUAGCGGUCAUUGCCUUCAGCAGCGUCGCAGCCAUCCUCCUCUUGGCAGUCUUCUUCGACCAGUGGACACGUUUCGUGAAGGACCUGUUCUGGAAAGGCAAACGAAGAGACGAUUCUGAGGAAUUGGUUCCGGAUUGGAAAAAGGCGAGUUGGGAUGUAAGGUUGGGAAGUGAUAGACAUCGGUAUCCUAGUUUUGCCAGUCUCCCUUCAGAGACCUUGAUGCAGGGACUCGGAUUUGCAUCCCCCGGCAAUUCUUCUGGGGAGGUCAAGAAGGAUGGGGCACUUGGUAGAUCUGCUAGUACAAAGUCACAGAGGGAGUGGGUACGCGAAAAGGCAAAGGAUUUCCCAGCCAGUUAUCCAUUGAAUCCACAACCCUAUCACCCAUCCACUAUGAAGGUCAUUGCCGACCAAUACGUUUCACCUAAGCUGCCUACAGCUACACGAAGUACACCGCGUUCACAUCGAUUAUUGGCGGCGACAAGGACGAGCCAUAUUGACCACCCCAAGUCGCCUGGCAUGGCGAGUAUAUAUGGAGGUAUUGCUUCCUAAAAGAAUGUUCGGAGGAGUAUGGAUAUAUUGGACAACAUGUGGUUUUGUAUUUCUAGCCCACGUUCGUUUGUAUUGUCAGGGUAAGAUGCUUUGUAUGGUAGGGUUGGAAUUUAAUGGCUCUUGUCAGUCUUUGCACCUGGCAGCCGUGC